CUUCGUUCAUACAACCUUGUUGGCGGGAUUUUGACGUCCUUAACUGGUGUCCAGAGGAAUCCCCAGUACUGAGCGGGCCUUCCUGAUCAGCUUGUCCAGUCUCUUCCUUUCUGAGUGGCAGUAGAAGUGACAUACGGCUAAAAAAUCACCAUGCUGUUCUCAGGCAGAAAGAAGAAGGUGACACUAAAUCAACAGAAUGAGCUCUAUGGCCACUGUUUGCAGUUCUACUGUCAGCCUCCACUGGAGAACAUCUCUCUGAACGAGUUUGAGGGCUUUGCCGUGGACAGGCUGAAAUUGCUCAAGACUGUGGAAAACCUUGGGGUGAGCUACGUGAAAACGACCGAACAGUACAAGAAGAAGCUCCAGACUGAGUUCUCCAGUCUCGGUUUCCCACAGAGAGAGGAACUGGAUGAAUCGAGCUCGAACAAAAAUCAAGCUGGGCCCACGGAAUAUGAGAAACGAAGGAAAGAUCACAUCUCUCAUUUUAUCCUCCGCCUGGCCUACUGCCAGACGGAGGAUCUCAGGCGGUGGUUUAUCCAGCAGGAGAUGGAUCUUUUCCGCUACCGUUUCAGUGAACUUCCAUCGAAGUAUAAGACUGACUUUCUACACAAAAAUAAUCUGAAAUACGAUACGAUAAGUGCUGAAGAAAAGACUCAUUUUAAAGAGCAGCUCAUAAACUCCAGUUACUCCGUCAGUGGAAUCACUGUUGCUGAGCAAGACUUCUACAAAGUACCAUUCCAGGAUGCUCUGGAUUUAGUACGGACGAGGAAAGUGUUCUUGAAGGCUGGCUAUGCGUACAUCCCUCACCAGGACAUCGUCGCUAUCGUCCUCAACGAUUUCCGUACCAGGCUCUCCAAAGCACUCGCACUGACAGCGCGCUCUUUACCAGCCGUGCAGUCUGACGAGCGACUCCAGCCUCUGCUUAACCACCUCAGUCAUGCCUACGUGGGUCAGGAUUACAGCAUUCAGAAGAACAUCGGAAAAGUCUCCAUGGAACAGAUCGAUCCGCUGUCCACCAAGUCAUUCCCUCUGUGCAUGAGGCAGCUGCACAAAGCCCUGAGAGAAAACCACCACCUGCGCCAUGGCGGCCGCAUGCAGUACGGCCUUUUCCUCAAGGGCAUCGGCCUCACGCUGGACCAGGCUCUGCAGUUCUGGAGGUCUGAGUUUGUCAAGGGCAAAGUGGACGCUGAUAAGUUUGACAAAGCAUAUGCCUACAGCAUCCGGCACAUGUUUGGGAAGGAAGGCAAGAGAACAGACUACACGCCCUACAGCUGCAUGAAAGUGAUUUUAUCUAAUCCACCCAGCCAAGGCGACUACCACGGAUGUCCAUUCCGCCACAGUGACCCAGAGCUGCUGAAGCAAAAGCUGCAGUCAUAUAAACUCUCUCCUGGUGGGAUCAUGCAGAUUUUGGACCUUGUCAAGGGAAUGCACUAUCAGCUGGCAUGCCAGAAGUACUUUGAACUGACACACAAUAUUGACGAUGCUGGAUUUUCUCUGAAUCACCCAAACCAGUACUUCAUUGAGAGUCAGAGGCUUCUCAGUGGAGGAAAAGAGGUCAAGAAAGAAGCAGACAUGCCUCAAAGGGGACAGGAAAAUACGGCCAGUAAUGUUCCCAGUGUCCCUCCGUCACGUCAGAGUAGCACUAAAGCUGUGGAUGAUAUUGGGGAUUUAGAGUCAUACUUCCUUGAUGAGUAAAGACAAAUCUGACUGGAAUUUGUCAUGAUUUUUCAGUUGUCAUAAUAUCUGUUGUUUAUAUGGUAAUUAUUGGUAGUAACAAUAUUUCAUGUUUUCUGAAUUCAUUAAAAAUAAAAUAAAAUUUUAAUGAUGAAGACUAAA